AAAGCAAGAAAUCGCUUUCUGGUUGUACAAAGUCCUAUGAAGGAUACUGUGACCGACUUUUUGACACUGCUCUACCAGGAAAAUUGUACUUGUGUCGUAAGCUUUCAAACGUCAAAAAUCAAACAAAAAAAACCAAAUGUCGGAUUGUAUUAUCCUGCUGACAAUCACAUUUUGAAACAGGGCAUGUUUCAAGUCAGCUGUUCGGUAAAAGAAAACAAAGACAUUUUUACAAAAAGACUCCUAACGAUCACACAUAAUGAUACUAAAGGGCAGCGUUCCGUGACUCACUUUGAAUUCAAUGCAUGGGAUUAUACCAGUGACGUCCCGAAGUCGAGUAAGGAUUACCUUGAUCUUAUCAAAAGCGUUGAUUCCACUUUAAGAGAAACUUCUAACCGAGGCCCGGUUCUUGUUCACUGUUUAGACGGGUCGGGCAAAAGCGCCUUGUUUUGUGUUGUUUCAAUUCUGUUGGAAAAGAUGGACAUAUACCAGGAAGUCAGCGUUGUUAACACAAUCAGAAAAGUCAGGUCGAGACGGAAAUCAGCAAUCCCUAGCAAGGAACAGUUUGAAUUCUGCCACGAAUGCGUUUUGUCCUACGUGAAGUCAUUUGAAUACAGCCAAUAUGCAAAUUUCACUACUAGUAUAUCAAGUGUACCAGAUGCUUAAACUAAUUGAACAAGCGACAACAGUGAAAAUGACAAUGUGUUCUUAUUAUUACAAAUAUAUGAAAACAAACAACUGUGUUUACUAUUUCUGAAAAUGAGGAAAGGCUGAUCCACUGACACUUUUCCAAAGAAUGGACCACAUUAAUACAAAACGAUUGCCAAUACUUGUACAGAAGUCCUGCCUAAACGUCGGUAGUUACAUAAUGGGAUUUGUAUCGUUUGACAUCACGGUUUCAAAGUGAGCUCUUAAUAUACAUUCCUAUAUAAUUCAAUUGAGUCGAUACACGCUGUAUUUCGAUAAACAUGAAUUUUGCCAAACUGGAUAACAAAGUGAGCUAUCGAUAGCCUACUUUAUCGCACUAUUUACCGAUAUGUUAGCUUGAUACGUUGUCCAGAUUUAAGGACGUUGACAUUGCAAAUUUACCCCUCUAAAAUUCCAUUUGAUUUUUUUUCAUGAUUUGUCUUACUAGCUUAUUGUUUGUUUGUAAAUAAUUAUAUUAAUUGUAGAAAGUAUGGUCUUUCUUGAUAAAAAGUGGUAUUCUAAUGUAGAUGUGAAACCCAGGUUCGAAAUGCAAGUGAAUGGAUCUGUUCCGGCAGGGAACACAGGGUUGUAUUCACUAGCUUUUUAGUCUGAGCUCGAGGGUAAACAUUUGUGAUCUUAAUUUAUAUAUUAUAUCUCAUUGUUAAUCAGCUGCAAACUCUCUUUAAUAGUUUUGUGUCAAAAACGCAGGCUCAAGAUGUUAGUGUUUUUACGGGCUCAUGUGCUUCAUCUCAUCAUUAGCAAUCAAACUACUCCAUGGGGAAUAUAAAUUAAGAACCAUAAUUGUGAACGUUAACAGGUUCGAUAUCAUUUCCAUUAAAACAAUGCAAUUGAAUCAUCUCCUGCCUCCAUUAUAACUUUUUUCUGUAAAUGCGUUUUGUUUUCUUGUUGAUAUGAGUGCAGAAAUAAACAACUCUCCAUUGCGGAAUUUACAUGCCAAUAAAAUCAGGAAAAUGAAAUAGUAACAAACUCAUUUAUUGCUCAUGAAUCUUUGUCUUAAAAAUUAUUAUAAUUUAAAUUCCUUUGCUGUUUGUUCUUUUCAUUAAAAGUUGCAAACGCUGAUAGAUUAGCUAUGUUACCAUUGUUGUUAAAUCCUAAAUUAAUUAUUGAAAUAUUGUUUUAACCUUUAGGAAUGAAAAGCAAAGUACCAUCGUCACAAAACUAUAUGUACAUACUUCGGCCGAAAGUCCCGGAUGUAUAGAGGCUAAAUUAAAAAAUCAGUGCUAUGCUUGAAUUGUACAUGUAUGGUGUCUUCCAGCGUUAAAUUGGUUUUAUAAUGUUUGUUUCCUGAGGAUAUAAACUGAUUAACUAAGGAAAUAGGACGAAUAAUUGUUGGAGAUUUCUGAUGUUAGCGCGAUUCUUGUCUGUAUUGCACUCGUUUUAUGAGGCCAUGAACUACCUUCUCGGGGCCGUAAAACACAACAUUGGUACAUACUACUUCCAUGGAGCUAUUCCUCUUUUGGGCGGGUUUCCCUACAUUAAUUAACAAAGAUAUUGUACCUGUGUUUGUUCAGGCAUUGUUUAUCGUUCGGGGUGUGUUAUUGGCUAGGUAAAAGGUGUCUGUCUGCUUGACUUGUCCCUGUAGUUUCUAUCUUAUUUUCAGCCAUAAGGUUAUGUGCAUGAUUUGUUUGUUUGAGACCCGCUAUUGUGCUCGAUUCCUCGACUUAAUUCGGUUUCGAUGCAGCGUCAGUAUAUUUGAUAUGAAAAUAAAAGAAAAAAUGUUUGGGACCAAACUCCGACCUCGAGGGACCGGCGGUUCUCGAACGACCGCCUGUUCGAACGACAGCAGUUUAACUGUAGUAUAUAUACGUUUACGUUUUUAUAUUAUAAGGCGAUAUAAGCUUCCUUAGGGGAAAUUAAUGGGUCUGUUAUAUAUAGGUCUAUGUAUUAUUCUGUUUUUAGCUAUAUUAUUCAACAUUAUAUAAUUGAAAAAUGACUGUUUGUCUCGUACAUGUAUCAUUAAAGUUGACAAUACAAGAGCGGGGAUUAAUGGCAGGGAGUAAGAUUUCAUAAAUGAAAUUUUUGAUGUUCAUCGUUUUGAUGAUUCAUGUUUGUUCAAAUGCUUUUAUUUGUAUUUACAAAUUAAUUUAUAUUCCUGUUUCACUAAAUUAUUCGCACUUCAAAGGAUAGGAAUACAAAAGGA